ACAUAUCAUUAUCACCCACUACGAGAUACCGAAAUUCGCCUUAUCCAGUUGCACCCCGCUCAGCAAUAUCAUGAUGCUAUUCUACUCACAAUCUUUCACCAACCUUUGAACGCACGCAAAGAUGAGUCCAAAUCCACACGCUUAUCUCGAAAACUGCUCCAGAGCACAUUACCUGCGGGAUGGGAGGUUUUCGAAACUCCCGAGGGCCGGUAUCUUGAAUCUGAUGGAUCCAACGACGGCGACUUUGUGACCACAUGGGAACAUCCCGACCCCAGCAUAGACCCUGCUUUAUAUGAAUUGCCUCCUGAAAGCACAUUCUGGGAGCAAGACACUGUUUUUGAGGCUCUUUCAUACCAAUGGGGAUCACCAAACAACCCUGGCACCGCAUUUGUCAAACCUUCAACUGGAAACGCCAGUGUAGCCACAUUUUCUAUCGGUAAAAAUCUCGAGUCUGCUCUACGGCACCUACGUUAUACUUCCAAGUCUCGUACUCUUUGGAUCGAUGCUAUUUGUAUCAACCAAAAUGACAACACAGAGAAAGCCGCCCAGGUGAUCCGCAUGGCUGAUAUUUACUCCCUGGCGGCGCGAGUUGUUGUUUGGCUUGGGCCAGCCGAAGACGACAGCGAUCUUGCCAUCUCAACGCUGGCAUAUUUAGGUGCUCAAGUUGAAACAACGCUGGAUGCCUAUCGUUUGACAUCUCCCGGAGCUGAAGAGCCAAUGUGGUACGAUAUCGACUGUAGACUUCCGGACAGCGAUGCUCAGUGGAAAGCAAUCGAAUGCCUAAUUCUAAGGCCAUGGUUUACUCGAGUAUGGACAGCUCAAGAAAUUCAUCUGGCAAACCGCUUAGCCAUCAUACAAGUCGGCAACGCAACAUUAUCAUGGUCUCUUUUCCGCCGCGCAACAGAAUGUCUAAAGGACAAGCCGAAUCAUGGAGAAGAACGUCUCUCGCUCUCAAAAGUUACUAGUUCCACUUUGAAUGGCAAAGGCCGACCAUUGAGCGACUUGUUUCGCCGUUUUGCGCACCGAGACUGCUCCAAUGGACAUGACAAAGUGUACGGUCUGAUGGCAAUGGUGCCUCCAGCCUUUGUUGCGGCGACUAGUCCAGAUUACACGCAGCCGGUGUCAAAGACAUACGCUGAUGCUUUUAUCGCCGAUACAAAAUUACUCGAGCGGUGGGAAAUUUUUGGCUGCGAUGUUGUGGAUCGCACAUCGGACUUUGACGAUGCGCCAAGCUGGGUACCGGAUUUGAGGUCUAACAAACGGCAUCCAUAUUACUCUGGACUUUUGCAAUUCACGGCAGGAAACUCUCGGCUUGAUUAUCAAUUUUUGGACUCCAGCAAAUUCCUAGUAAGAGGUUUGCGCUGCGCGACCGUAAAGAGGGUGGGGAUUUAUGCUUAUUUACACCCGCAAGCUACCUUAUUUACCAUACGUUUGUGGGAGCCGGAGAAUCUUUAUACAGCGACUUAUGUUACCGGAGAACCACUGAUAGACGCCUUUGUUAAAACACUUUUGCAGAACGACUUGAGGGAGCGUAAUCCAACAGACAAAGGGUGGCCUACAUUGGCGGAGUGGAGAGCAUAUUGUAAAAGACAUAUAUUCUCUGAGUCUGCAGAACCUUUGGAGACUCUUGACUCAAGUCACUAUCUUGAUGAUAUGGUAUCUGGAAGAUGUGGUAGGAGAGUUUACAUGGAGACUGAAGAAGGGUACAUUGGCCUUGGUCCUAGAGGCUGUAAGCCAGGUGAUAUAAUAUGUGUUAUUCCUGGCUGCAACUCGCCCGUUGUCCUUCGCGAAACCGACGAUGGAAAUUUUCGACUUGUGGGAUCAUCGUUUGUUUACGGCUUAAACGACGGCCAGGCACUUCUAGGAAGUCUAAAACAUCCUUGGCGGGUUCAGAUAUUCGAUCAUCCGGACCAAGAUUUUAGAAUAGAGCAUAGAUAUUACAACCAAAAGACCAGAGAGUUGGCGUUGUCAGACCCCAGGUUGGAAGAUCACCCUGAAUGGGAAAGGGUCUCACUCGAAGACUUGGGGAGGCCUUUGAUUGGAGACGAUCCGAUCAUUCUUGAGUUUUUCAAGAACAAGAUAACGGGAGAAAUAAUGAACUCUGAUCCGAGGCUAUUGCCGGAAGCAUUAGAGGCUCGUGGAGUUGACUUGCAAUGGUUCACGAUAGUAUAG